AUGGAUUAAAAGGAUUAAGAAGAAUAAACAUUUAAAAAGUAUAAAAAAGAAAUGUAUUAUUUAGUUUCAUAAAGAAUAAUUUGCUUGUUUUCUUUACUUAUAAUCCAAAGGUUCAUAAAAGUCUUAACUAUUCAAGAAUUUAUAACAGUUAUUGGUGUGUAAGAUUAAAAAUAUUAUAUUUCAAAUUUAGAUUUUAGAAGUUGUGCAAAUAAUUUUAGUUAAUGUGGUAUUUAGUGCAACCAAGUAAUAAUUACCAAUUAUAUUUUUUACCAUAUUAAUUUGCAUAACAAUUCUAAUUAAUUGUAUGAUAAGAAUAGGAAACAAUUACUAAUAUUUUUAAUAUGUAUUAAAUAAUAUCAAUAAUUAAGUUUACAAUAUUGACUAUAAUUAUAGUUUUGAUAGAAAUAGCUCCCAUAUAUUUUACAGUCUAAAGGUAAUAAUAUUUUUAAUAAAGAUUGUUAUCAAUUAAUUGAUACAUUAUGUUAGAUGAUAAAAGUUUAUGAAUUACAUACAAUGUAAUCAGAAGAUGCUUGUUAAUCUUAAUAUAUUUUAUAUUAUAUAUGGUUUUUGAUAAUGGGAAUAUAUUUUAUUUUUAGAGUAAGACAAUCUCUUAUAUUUUUAAGUCUAUCGGUGUUUAUUUGGCUUAUGUUGCAUAUAAAUUUUUGAGAGCUAAACAUAAUAUUGAAGAAACAAAGAAGAAAAGAAAAUUAAGAUACAUGGAAAUGUAUAAAGAAAAAGAAUAAAAGAAAGGUGAAAUUUAAAAUUAAAAAUAUGGUGAUCGCAAAUUAUGA